AUGAGCUUCCCACCACCUCGGCUAGCGCUUCCAGAGGAGUGCAAGCAGGUCGUGUUGGUCGCGCCCAUCGAUGGCCUCACUGCGGCAUGUGCUUGCGCGAUCGCCACGUCCCCCCUCGUGCCGCUGAACUGCCGCGUGCUCGUCGACGGCAUUCCAGUGAAGAGCAGCAGCCCAUCGUCCGGCAACGAUAGCCCCCACACGGCGCGCAGCUCCGCCGAAGCUGCUGCCACCACUAGAGACUUCAUGGGCACCGUGCACCAAGUAGAGGCAAAACUUCGUGCGAGCCGCGCCGCACGCCGCGGCAGGUCUAUGACGCACAUGACACAGUUCUACUAUGGUGGGGUGUCACCCAAGGCGGAGGAGAUUGGGCCGAUGUUGCAUCGAAUUUAUCUGCUCGGCAGCGGCGCACUUGGCGAGACGAACUUCGAGGCAUCCUCACGAGACGUCACUGCGGGAUCUGACGGGAGCAGUGGUGUGCCCAGUGUUGCGGAUUCUGUUUUUGUGCUGGUGCUGAGUGCGCAGUCGCUGAGUCCAGACACGGAAAGCGGGCUCAGGGCGUACGAUAGCUUUCUGCGCCGUCUUUGGAGUGAUGCUGGCGCUUCACAAGCCGCCGAGACCGCUUCUCAACAGACCCGGGUGCGCGGCAGUCUUGUCAUUCUCGCUGACGACGUCUAUCGCCCUGCUGCGUGCGCAAUGCUGUCGAGCAUCGCGAAGGAGGUCGCCACGGCGGUGGACUGGGUGGUGCUCCUCGCCUACGCAUACGCUAUGGACCCGCCUGCGCUGGAGUUCGGUGCGACGGAGGCCGCCGUUCAAGCCGCGUCGGGUAUUUCACACGGCGGCACGCUUCCAGUGCUGUGCGCCGCCAACGCCCUCGGCGUGCUCCGGCACUUCCCUGUCAGCCGAAGUGAGCCAGCCACUAUAACACCCGUCGACGUCGCUCUGAAUGCCGCUUUCUUGGGAUACAUAUGGCUGUGGCACGGCGAGUUACCAGAGUGUGUGGAGUGUGCCGAGGAGAUGCAGUACUGCGGCUCUUCGCCUGCAUCCUCGCACGCCGCUGCUGCUGCCGAGACGGCAACGGCAACGGCAACGGCAACGUCAACGCCGCCGGCGCAGUGUGUCACGCGACACUGUAUGGCAUCCUUCGCAGUUGCCGAAUCACGCAAGCCUGGCGAGGCCUCACUGGUGUGGGGCAUGGUGGGCGAGUAUCUGAUGAGUUAUUACGGUCGAUUUGCCGACCAGAUUUCGUCGGCGUUUCCCGUGGCUGGCGUGCUGACGCCGGCGCCGAUUCUGCAGUUCCCGUUUAGCGUGGCGGAUUUGGUUAACUUUGGGCCGGAGCCGCGCGCGGCCGCCUACGCCCUGGAAGGAUGGCGCGCGUAUCAGCGGCGACAGCGUCUCAUCGAAGAGAUCAGUAAUGCCGAGGCGGCGCAGGCUCUAAAGGCGUAUGUGACGCAAAUGGACAGCGUUGUCCGCUACAUCGAGCGUGCUGCACGCGUGGCAGCGGCGCAAGACAAGGCAUCUGCUGCCUUUGCCGCCACGCGCAGGCGUACAGCGUCCUCGUCCUUCUCCGCUCCGCCAUACCGCCUCGAUGACUUCAACUUGACGUUGUAUCACUCGCUGCUGCGUCGCCUGACAUCGCACUACACACUCAUGCCCUAUCACCAGUGUGUGGCGCUCGUUGAGGUGGACUGGGAGGCGUAUGUGUCGGUGAUUGCCCGGGCAGUGCUUGAGCACCUGGCACGGUGUGUUCUGCGGUCUUCGUCCGGCUUACAGCACGCUGGGAGUCGCUCCCGCGCACCGCAGGUGGCUGACAGUGCGAGCAUCGUCAGAGUAGUACGCGAUUCUCCUGUCGUCAGUGCCGCAGCCAAGCCGGAGGUAGCUGCUUCUGCCGCCGAACCCCCUUUCGCCUUUCCAGAGCCGCGGCGCUACUUCACCAAUGACUUCGUGUUCCACGGUGCCGAGCGCAUCCCGCCGUUUCCGUCCCGUCUGCACAAGUACUUCGAUUGCUUCGUGUUUCUUCAUCGCAUCGGCAUGACGGCGAACGGCUGGCGCGGUGACAUGACACCUGGCAUGACGCCGCAGGUGCUCACCUCCAUCAUCGCGCAGCCGGACAUCCAGCGGCUCAUGACCGCUUUGGCUGCCAAAGACGGGGCAUCGAAAAAAGAUGUGGAGGCCCGAGCAAAAAGUCUUCUGCUGCAGUGCGGCGAUGCACUGAAUCACGUUCAUUGUCGCGCCAUGGGUCUCAUGAUCCGUGCGAUCUUCCGCAGUAUCUACGGCCGCGUCGACGUCAACAACGGCGCCUAUGAGCGCCUCCACCGCUACUUCGCCAUGCCGCGCGUGGCCGUCGUCUUCGUUCCGCUGCACCGCUCUUACAUUGACUUCCUCAUUCUCUCCGAGGUGCUGGCGCUCAUGCGGUUGCCGCUGCCGCACAUCGUGGCUGGAGAAGACUUUCUUAGCAUGGGCAUCUUCGCGACCCUGAUGCGGGGCAGCGGCGCCUUUUUUAUGCGCCGCUCCUUCCGCGACGACCCGCUGUACGCCGCGCUGCUGAAGGAGUAUGUGCGGCACCUGGUGCGUGCACGCCGCCCUAUCGAGUUCUUCAUUGAGGGAACGCGGAGUCGCACCGGCAAGACAAUGGCGCCGAAGCUGGGCCUUCUCAAGUUUGUCUGCAACACCUUCUACGAACCAGGUCAGCAGGAGCUUGACGACGUGCUCAUUAUGCCGGUCAGCCUCACCUACGACGAGGUCCUCGAGGCCACCACACAUGCCAAGGAGCUCUUGGGCGUUCCGAAACCGAGGGAGAACCCGACGAACAUGCUGAAAGCCCGAAGUCUACUCGAGCGCAUGCACGGCAACAUUAACAUCCACAUUGGCGAGCCCGUGUCGCUGCGCUCCCUCAAGGAGCACCCGCGGCAGUGCCCGCUGCCCUUUCAGCCUAAGGGUGAGCAGCUCCAAUAUCUGGCCGCGCCAGCCUCCGCAACCGCGUCGGUGUGCAAGACACUCGAUACCACGCCGUCCAUUGCCAAAGGCAGCUCCAUUACCCCGAUCCCUCUCCUCACCACCGUCGCGUGGCACAUAAUGUACAAACUGCAGCGUAACACGAUCAUCACCCCGGCAUCGAUGGUGGCUGCAGUAGUCGAGUGUCUUGGCCCUUACUACUGCACAGCAACGACAAGGUCGAAGAAGGGCAGUGACACCACCGCGGCGGCCGCCAUGCCGUUAGAAAAGGUGCAUCAGGGGGUCAAGUGGCUGCGUAGCCGCUUGUGCGAGCGCGGUGCUCAGCUCUCGGUGGAGGCCUCCGAGUUGAGCCCUGCUGAGGUCGUAACACUCGCGCUGACCAACCUCUACCGCUACAUCAUCACGGACGAGAUGUCGAACGUGACAUACCGACCCGACGACGUGGUGACCAGGCUCGCCGUCAACAUUAGCACCAAUCAGCUCAUCCACGUUUGUAUGGACGAGGCCCUCGUCGCCGUCGUCGCGCAGGCGUUCGGCUCCGCCACAACGCCACACCGUCCACCAUCCGGCGCCGACGGGGCGAUGCUGUGCGGGGUUCGCUCCGUGAAGACGGACGUGCUGAGCAAUCAGACCCAGCUGUUGCAGCGGCUACUGUCCGUUGAGUUCCCCAACUACGCCGAGGCAGCGCCAGUGAGCUUUGCGUCGUGGCUGGACUGUACUGUAAGCCAAUUUCAGCAAUGCGUAGAGGAGCAUACCGUGUCCUCCCAGCUAUCUGGUGCCGACACGCACGGCGACACUGUUGUGCACGUGCCCGUUACGCAGUACUACUACUUCCUCCUCCAGCUCAUCUGCCCUCACGUGGAGGCGCUCUACACGGUGGUGGUGGCUGCGUCGGCACUGCUGGCGGCAUACCCUGGUCAGCCACUCGGGGCUGCCGAUGUGGUGACGGCGACGCAGCGAGCGUGUGGCACCCUGUAUGCGGAGCACAAGCUGCGCUAUGUAGUGGCGGCCAACAGGGAGACGCUGCAACACUACUACGAGAGCCUCAUCGCGCUCUCGCUCUUGCAGAUAAAGCGCGUGCCUGCUACAACGGCGCCUGGCCAGUCGAAGGUGAGCAGAGGAGUCGUCGCGUACACGGUCGGGUUAUUAGGGCAAGAGGCAGUGCUGGCUCGCCUCGAGAUGCUGUCGGCACAGAUACAGGCUCUGUGGUGGCACCCCUCUGCAGCGGAAGGGAUGACGAUCGACAAGGCAGCCAUUCAAGAGCGUGUUCUGGCAGUGUAUCGGGAGCUGACGCAGCCAUCCAAGAUGUGA